AUGCAAGACAACGAGGUGGUCGUCCACCCGCGGACGCCCAUGCCGCACGGCUACACCUUUGUGCCUAAGGGCAAUGUGUAUGUGACGGCCAACUGCCGCCGCCAGACGCAUGCUGCCGCCAAGACGGUGUAUGUGGUCGCGCGCGACAAGAACGUGCUGGGCAUUCGCUGUCCCACGGGCGUGGUCGACGCCGUCCGCGCUGCCGAGAAGGCCACGCGGGCCGCUCGCCAGGUCGCCACGGCCAAGCGCGAUGCUGCCCUGGCCGCGACGUUUCGGGCGGCCCUGCUGGCAGCCUACCCGGCGCUGCCUCCGGGGACCACGGCCGACGAGAUUGUGCAGCAUGCCAUGACGAAGCACGCCGGACGCGUCGCGCGGACAAGCACACGGGACGAGGCGGCGCGGGUGCGACUGGCGGUGCGGGCGCACAUCCGGCACCGGUGGACAGACUACGAGACGAUGUUGCGGGAGGCGGGGGCGACCGGGGGCAGACAAGAGAGACGGAAACGAAGCGGAAGAGGAAGAAAGCGCGACGGCAAGCUGCAGCGACGCCGACGCGCGGAAGCACGUGCGCAAACAGUCGGGCGAGUCAAUGCCAUUGAGCGAGAAUGGGCGGGCAGGUCGCGAAAUGGUCCAAUCGACAGCAGUGAAGGGAGCGUGGACGACGAGGUUAGCAGGAGUCAAUACAGCGAGGAGGGCGAGAGCGACGACAGUGAGGAAAUUGAGGAGAAUGAGGAGAAUGAAGACGAGGACGACGUGGACGAAGACGUGCAGACCGCAACGGCCAAAACGUGUGGUCGACGAAGCGCUCGAAGAGAACGGAACACGUCGGAAAAGGCUCCAGCUCAAACGAGUAAUGCUGGCAUGGUGGGAGCUCGCGUUGCGCGACGGAAGCUUCAAAAGUUUGAGAAGCGUAAAGCGGAAGACAGCCACUGGUGGCAAUCAGGAGACGGCCAUUAUAAUUGA